CAACCGGCCGGACCGGACCGUUUUAAUAUUUCUCAACCGGUUCCACCCCUGAUCAGUAUCUCAAGAGACAGACUUUUCAUAGCUUAAUAAGAAAUCAAUGUGCCUAAUUUUGUUUUUUAUCGAUACAUGUCUACAUAUUCAAAAAUAUAGAACACAUUUCAACUAACUUGAAGAAAGCUGUAUUCUACAAGAAGAAAUCUUCAUUCUCAUCUACUUUGUAUAACAUUGAGAUGAUGAGUAAAAUUUAUAGUAAAAAAAAAUAAAUUCUGGAAGAUACUACACAAUAGAAUAUUUAAUAAAUCUGUCGAUCAGAUGCUAUAAAUCACUCAUCAUCGUGUAUUCGAGAGGUUUUCACAUUACCAAACCAAGAUUUAAUUCAAUCUCCUUUAGAGACAAGAUUGAAGAUACCAGUCCAUUGAACUGGGACUCAGAAAAAAAUUGCUCUCUGCAAAACUAAAGAUUUUAGUUAAAAUAUCCCAUUGUUUUAAGCGAUUUAUCUUAUAAGUCAUUAUAAUUAAAAUAAAAUUCAGGAGAGCCGAGCAAAAAACAAAAGAUAUUCAUCGACUGAGUAAUCAAAAGAAAUCUGUAAUCAAGAAUUGUUUUAAACUUAAUACGAGUAAAUUUUAAAAUAGUUUCUUUUAAGCGAAAACGAAGGACAGAGUCGAUGAUUCUCUUAAUUUUGGUCAAAGUGAAAAUUUAAUACAAAUGUCGUAAAGUAGAAAUGUUGAAAAUCUUCCUCAGCCACAUCUUCACUCUUAUAUCUUCAUAUUCAUGUCUUGUUUUUUAAUUUAGAUAUUUUUUUCACUUUCGAGCACAGUUAGAACUAUUGGAUAGGUAUUUAAAAAAACUAAAAUCAUGAGAAUCGCGACCAAUAGAAAAAAAAGUUACCGGGACUAAGAAAAUUUGGUUCCGCAAUCUCUACUCAUACUCUGUAUCCCUAAGCUUUCAAUUUUCUGGAUAUGUAAUACAACUUAUCUUUGUCUUCGUAUCAUUAUUGCCUUAUACAUGUAUAAUCAUUAACAUCGUUCGCUCAAAUAUUGAAUCGAGUUGAAUUUGCUGAUUUUUUAUUUUUAAGGAAAACUUAAGAAUAUAUCAGUUUCAGUUAAGAAGAAAAAAAAGACAAACUUUUGCCAUUAUUCGUAUAGAAGAACCGCCGAUCGACAGAUUUCUCAUGAUCGAAUUACGACCAAAUAUGUCAUUCUAUAAUUGAACAUGUUUUCAACAUUGUGUAUUUGCUAAAAUUUUUAUGAAAUAUUCAUAACUAAUGUUUCUUUAAGAGAAUCUUGGUACAAUAAGUUUAUCAACUUGUCAUCGUCCAUUGUAUCCAAUUUACACUAAAUUUGGUACAAUUGUAGCUGACAUAACUUAUACAAGUGGCACAGAUACAACACAUUUGGAUUCACCUUCAUGUGUAUAUCUUGACAGCAAGAAAAAUAUUUAUAUUUGUGAUACUAAUAAUCAUAGAAUAAUGAAAUAUUCUUCAGAUAAUCCAAAAGAAGGAAUAGUAAUAAUUGAUUACUUUUCAAAUGUAAAUCAUCCACAAAAUCUCUACAUUGAUCAAAGAAAUGAUGAUUUAUAUUUUCUUGAUUAUGAUGAUGAAGAUUAUUAUCGUGUACAAUAUUUAUCAAAUAAUUCUACUCAAAUAAAAGCAAUUAUUCUUUUCAUUGGAAAUAAAUGUCACUCAUAUGGUAUGGUUUUAGAUUAUAAUCGAAAUAUUUAUGUAUCAGAAAAUGAAAAUCAUCGUAUUGUUAAAUGGUUAUCACCUAAAUAUAAUGAUUUUAUUAUUGUUGCUGGAAGUAAUAGACCAGGAACACAAUCACAUGAAUUAUCUAAUCCAAGAGGAAUAUAUCUCAAUCCAGUAAAUAACGAUUUAUAUGUUAGUGAUUCUAAUCGUGUACAGCUGUGGCCAUCAGAAUCACUUAUAGGUCAAACCGUUGUGCCAUCUUAUUUUCGAUCAAUUUUUAGUAUCACACGCGAUUGUCAUGGAAAUCUUUACGUUAUUGAUGAUUAUACACAUAUUAUUCGUUUAUUCAGUCAAUCAAAUGAAGACACCGGUAUGCAAGGACUUAUUAUUGUAGGUGUACCAUACGAGGGUGAUCGGAUGAACAUAGAUAAAAAUGGAACUGAUUAUUUAGGUGCUCCAAAAGGACUUUAUCUUGAUGAUGAAACUGGUGAUUUAUACAUAGCAGAUGCUGGAUUUCAUCGAAUAUUAAAAAUGUCCAUCAAUGGUUCAUUUAUCCCAGGUAAAUACCGGAGGAUUGGCGAUUUUAUCGUGUUUUAUUUCAUGAGAUUGGAACCAAGUGACUAUUACAGAUUUAUGAGGAUGUAUUUCUGGAUGUUUCUAUUGGGUCAAAACUUUGAUAUAUGACUUAACAAUUUUUUGUGUCUGACAUGUCCUCUCCGAGAUCGCAAAAAAAAGUUCUAUUUUUGAUUUAAAAGUUUUAUAUCUAGUCUGAUAGAACUCGUCUCGCUUAUUUUUAUUGAAAUUUCACUUAAUAAUAAGGAAUAUCUGACAAGGGGAAACAGCUGACUUCAAGACUUCAAAAGACUUCACGAGACUUCAAGAGACUUCAAAUUUUUCAAAGCCUUCUAAAGACUUCAGAAGGCUUCAGAAGAUUUUAAAAGACUUCAAAGGGUUUUUGAGACUUCACAGGACUUCAGAAGACUUCAAUGAUUUCAAGAGACUUCAUGAGACUUCACGACCGAAUUCUCUGCGGUUCCCCCUUGCCAUCGAAAACAAGACAGUUUCAUUAGUUUUGUGGAACUCGCAUAUAUUUUCGAGGAAAAUGGUGAGUGUAAGUUGUAAGGCGACGUUUUUUAUGACUAUCCCUACCCCUCAGCCCCCAUUACAGACCCCCUUGACCUCCCCCGGCCCCUAUUACAGACUCUCUUGGUCCUGCCGCUCCCAUUACAGACCCCUCGCUCUCACUGAUCACUCCUCCCCUCCCACUACAGACAAUGUCCCCUCUCAUAGCCCCAUCCCACAUUACAGACAUUAGCAACAUCAUUACGACACUAUCAAAAGCAUUACAGACACUAUCAAAAGCAUUACAGACGUUAGCAACACCAUUACAGACAUUAGGAACCAGUGUAUGGUACCAUUACAAACAUUAGUUAGCAAAAACAAUAAACAUUAGACUUUCCUGAUUUUGUUUUGAAAAAUGUUCAAGUUAUAACUUUCAAAAAUAAACAAUAUUGAUCUUUACGAGUUGACCAAGAAUUAUGAUAUAGUGUUUUUAUGCUUACUCUAAAUAUCAUAGACAUUUACAGCAGUCUUGUUUGUCAGUUAAAUCCAUAAUGAGACAAAUAAUAGUGUGAAAUUGAGAAAAAGAAAAUACGAAAAUAAAAAAUAAAAAAUAAUAGCAGCAAGAUUAAACAAAAAAAAUAGAGCACCGACGAAAAGAAAAGAAAAAAUGAUGUUCAAAAUACCAAAAUAAAGGAAAACUAUUCUUUCUCUGGUAAUUGAUUAUUUUGGAAAAUGAGUAUAGUCUAUGAGAGUUUCUUCACUUUACCAUUUUGUAUAUCAGUUUAUUUCUACGACCCAUGAAAAAAAUUUCUAUAAUAUUUUGCGUCGAAACGCGUUUUUUUAUUAGCUCGCAUGUUUUCGCUAGACUUUAAACACAGUUUUUAAAAUGCGUUUAAACGCGUUUUUUGCAGUAACAAAAAGCGUUCCGUAAGACUAACAAGACCUAAAAUUUUUGAAGAAAAAAAUGUUAUUUUCAACGCAAUCAUUGUCUGAAACGCGAUUUUCCAGAAUUUGUAUCUCCUCUGAAGAAAAUAUUCGU